GAAAGGUCCUGAAGAAUGCAGGGAAGCUGUUUACUCUCUGAUAUAUGUAUCUGCUUGGGUUCGCAAUGUUCCUGAACUUAAAGAUCUAAGAGCUUUGUUUACGCGCAGAUAUGGAGAUUCCGUUGAUGCCUUUGUAAAUCAAGAGACAUUGCAAGAGAUUGCUGAAGAGAGUAAUAUCAGAUGGGAUCCUAUGCCUCUCCUACUGAAGCUACUCAGACAGACUUCAGCUUUGCACGACGAGGAGAAAGAGAAGAGUGUUGAAGAAAACUCGAAGUUACGUGAACCAUAA